CGCUCAGUUGCUUUUAAGCGAUUCUUCGCAACGCACAUAACCGGAAAACCCGAAGCGAUACGCGAGCAGUGGAGUUGCCAGCAGCCAAAGAGAGGAGCACGUAGGAGAGGCCAUCACGAGAGAGCGGAGAAAAAGCACUCAAGCGAAUAUCGAGCACAAAGCGAGACGCGCAACACGUGAAGCCGGAGCCGCAAAUUGGUUUUAAUUUCGUUUCCAAACUCGAGCAAAUAACAACAAGAUGUCAACCGCAGCCACGGCCACAACAAAUACGUCCAUUGAGGGCUACAAGCUGGGCAAGAUCCUUAUCGAGGGCAAGACCAAGCAGGUGUACGAUCUGCCCGAAAAGCCAGGACUAUGCCUGCUCCUGAGCAAGGAUCGCAUCACUGCCGGCGAUGGUGUCAAGGCCCAUGAUUUGCAGGGCAAGGCGGAGAUUUCCAAUACCACCAACGGUCAGGUGUUUCGCCUGCUCAACGAGGCAGGUAUUCGCACCGCCUAUGUUAAGCAGUGCGGCGCCAAGGCCUUUAUCGCUCGCAAAUGUGAAAUGAUACCCAUUGAAUGGGUGACCCGUCGCCUGGCCACCGGUUCGUUCCUCAAGCGUAAUGUUGGUGUUCCCGAGGGCUACAGGUUGAUUCUCUCCCCCAAACAGGAGACUUUCUUCAAGGACGAUGCCAACCAUGAUCCGCAAUGGAGCGAAGAGCAAAUCGUUUCGGCAAAAUUCGAAUUAAAUGGCCUUCUUAUAGGUCAAGAUGAGGUUGACAUUAUGCGUAGAACGACCCUGUUGGUCUUUGAAGUCCUGGAGAGGGCUUGGCGGACAAAGAAUUGUGCACUUAUUGACAUGAAGGUGGAGUUCGGUGUGGAUGCCGAUGGCAAUAUUGUUCUGGCCGAUAUUAUAGACUCCGAUUCGUGGCGCCUUUGGCCGGCUGGUGACAAGCGUCUGAUGGUCGAUAAGCAGGUCUAUCGCAAUCUAACCUCGGUAACGGCCACCGAUUUGGAUACGGUCAAGAGGAACUUCAUUUGGGUGGCCGAACAGUUGGCCGAUAUUGUGCCCAAGAAGGAUCACCUGGUGGUGGUGCUCAUGGGCAGCGCUUCGGAUACUUCGCAUAGCGAAAAGGUGGCCACCAGUUGUCGCUCAUUGGGCCUGAAUGUGGAGCUACGUGUGACCUCCGCCCACAAGGGUCCCGAGGAGACGUUGCGCAUUGUUCGCGAAUAUGAAUCGGUUAUGAACAAUCUAGUCUUUGUCGCCGUCGCGGGACGUUCCAAUGGCCUGGGUCCCGUCAUCUCGGGCAGCACCAAUUAUCCGGUUAUCAACUGUCCACCCGUCAAGUCGGACAACAUGCAGGUGGAUGUUUGGUCCAGCUUGAAUCUGCCAUCGGGUCUGGGCUGUGCCACGGUCCUCUAUCCAGAGGCGGCUGCCUUGCAUGCGGCCACGAUUUUGGGACUGGGCAACUUUAUGGUCUGGUCCAAGCUACGCGUUAAGGCGCUUAAUAACUUUAUUACCCUGAAGAAGGCCGACAAGGAGCUGCGCGGUGUUCGUAAUGCCUAAGGAGAUCGAUAUCCAGCAUGGAGAAUUGCUUUAGAAGAGCUGUUCUUGAAGAAUUGCUCUUGGCCAUAUCUGCAUUCUUCCCUUGUUGUUUAUUAUUCUUCUCUCUCCUCUUUUUUUUUGCUUUUUUUAUAUUUUUGGUAGUUUUAAGAAAGCAUGACUUGAAGUUGUACCCAGUGUGGGGUAACUCGAAAUAUAAAUAACAUCCAUAAUAAAACAAAAAUGUUUUAAGACUUUUAAGAACAGUAUAUUAACUCAA